CCGCAGUAGCUAUUCCAAGCCGAGCGGAAGCAGAUCAGCAGCAGAAUGCGGCAGGCACACUUCACAUCCCAGCUUCUGCUGGCCACGGCCAUUCUUUACGCCUGUCUGUCACCCGCUGCCUGUGUCUACGAAUCGGUGAUCCUUAAUUUCCUUAAUGAGUUUCGCAUGCGCAUGUGCCAUCCCAUUCCGAACCUGGGACUGCCCGCCCUGGAUCCCCUGCAGUUGGGUCCGGCCGAGACAGCGGUGAACAAUAAAUAUCUUGUGGACUUCACCGGAUCUAUUGACGACUUUAAUUUGCAUGGACUGUCCGACUUUGAUGUGCCUACUCUUACCCUGAGGCCGGUGAUCGGGCUGACAAGCACCAUGAACGUCACCUUUCCCCUCACACACUUUGAGUCUUUGUACACGGCCAAGGGAUCGCUAGCCUAUAUCCUCAACUUGGCCGGCGAUGGCAAUGCAGAAACCUCCAUCACUGACUUUUCGAUCAGAAUCUCGUUCCGGAUGAGAACCUUGUCCCCGCUGAGCAUUUCGAACCUGCAAAUUGACAUACAUCUUGGAGAUCUAAAGAUCAACUUUGACAAUCUGCUGGAGGAAGAGCGAGUGAAUGAGUUUAUUCAUGCUUUGGUCAACGAAAUGGGCGUAGAGCUGCUCGGUGAUGUUUGGGACUAUGGUCAGGGCACAGUGGUCUCCAAGGUUCAAACGGCUGUCAACAAUUUUUUGAGUCAGUUCACAUUAUCGGACAUCAUUUCCAUUAUAACUGGAGGAGGAAAUGGCGAGGAAAGUGCACCCAUAUUCGAGGGGGUUGAGCCCGACUGCAAGCUCGAGGCCACCACAAGGAACUAAGACUGAAACCAACAUCUUAUAAGUUACUAUUCUAAUAUAGCCUUAAAAAUAAACUUAGAAACGUUUA